AUGAAACAGGAGGCAAUCACUCGGCUUCAAGAAGCCGAACAAGUUCUCAAUGACAUAGCAGCGGCUAAUUGUGCACGCGACGUUGCCUUCUUUGAGAACAAGUGGAUCGAACAAAGAACGCGUCAGCUGGACGUCAUGACCGAAUCUCAGAACGAAAAGAGGGAGCGUCUCCAGGUUAUGCUGGCCUUGGAAGAGGAACUGAUUUUGGCUCGGGAUCGCCUCAAGGGCAUUCAACAGAAACGCAGAAGAGCUCGAACCGAAGCCGAUCGAAAUGAACUUUUGUCCUUACCGGCGACAGUGGCCAACAUUGAAGAGCAAAUCGAAGCAAUGGCAACAGCCCUUGGGGGUGCUGAGUUUCGAGAACUCGCUGGCGUGACCAAGAAUAAGAAAAACGCCCUGCUGGCACUCUCACUUGCGCGAGGAAACCUUUACGAAGCUAAAGUGGGGCUUGUGGAAGCCAGGCUACGUCGUCAUCGCCAUUCAGGGGCACGCCUACAGCAGUACCUUGCCAAACAUCUGGGCGAUAAGACAAGGAAUGUGCGGGACAAGUACAAUACUUACAUGAGACGGGUUGAUAAAUAUGGUUUAGACUUCUCAGACGCUGUGCAACCCGAUGCGCCAGACCUGGCGCGUGUAAUGGCAAUGUCAUUGGAUGAUCCCUUUUGGAAUCGAGGGGAACUUGACCCCGUAGAUGGGGAAGACGAAGAUAUCAAUCGAGUGGGCAUUGAGAAUUUCCUAUCACGACGAAGCGCAGGUGAGGAGCUACGUCGAAUUGGUCGCGAAGCUCGGCAAAUGACUGCCUGGGCAAAUCUUUACUAUGACCGAGUCGUUGCCCUCGGCGUUAAGGUCACUCGGGCGGUUGGAGUGGUCCGUAGUAGAUUAAUGUCCCUGUAUACAAUUGUGAAGAAGCAAGCUUGCAAGUUAUGGAAACAAUGGGGACGAGACCUCCCACAGCAGAUUCAAGAAACAGCAACUUAUGUGCAUGGUCAGAACGCCCAAGAUGAAAUUUUGAAAGAGAAAUUUCGAACGGUUGCUGCUUGGGCUGAUCAAGAGUGGAAGACGUUGGCCUCUAAGCCAAUGAUCCAAGCUGAAGAGCCUGACAUGUACGAGGAAGCAGAAGACCUGUAUUAUGAAAAUUUCUACGACAUGAAUGGUGAAAUGUUACAAUAUUUAUAA